UCUCUCUCUCCACCUUUCACUUUUUUCUUUCCCUCUCUCUCUCUCUCUCUCUCUCUCUCUCUCUCUUCUCUCGCGCGUAAGCUUUUUCUAAAUUGCUAGGGAUUUUGCGAGCCUAGAUUUUUUGUUGUUUCGAAUCGCUAGGCGACGAGGAACGGGGAUUCGGAGGAGAGAGAUUUUUCUUCGGAGCGAGAAAAGCGUAUGAGGUAUUGGGAGGCGUUGCGAUGUGUUCCUGAUACGAGUACGGAACCCCGAUCGAAGCGGAGAUAAGGGAUUCGAUUCUUCGUUGUAGAAUGAGAUGAAAGGGAAAGAGGAGAUUAAACGGGCUGUAGUGGCGUUUGGUGAAAAAAAGUGCCCUCUUGGGUUUGGAGCAAUGGAUGCUGAGGAGAAUAAUUUGAACACAAUUUCAAAUCUUGUUACUCAUCAAGCCGAGAUCGAAAGCAAUGCUUCGCCCGCGGUGGGCCUUCAAUUGACUGAUUUGGGUUUAUGUGUGGAUGAAUCAAUCCCCAAGGUAAGGAAGCCCUACACAAUAACAAAGCAAAGGGAGAGAUGGACUGAAGAGGAACACAAGAAAUUUAUCGAGGCUUUGCAACUUCAUGGCCGCGCUUGGCGCCGCAUAGAAGAGCAUGUCGGUACCAAGACCGCGGUUCAAAUCCGGAGCCACGCCCAGAAGUUCUUUGCUAAGGUUGCCCGUGAUUCAUCGGGAAAUAACUGUAACAGUACAGGCACUUCGACGGCGAUAGAAAUACCUCCUCCUCGACCAAAGAGGAAGCCGCUACACCCUUACCCACGGAAAUUGGGUGGCACACACAUAAAGGGAAUUCCGGUUUUGAAACAAUUGGAGAAGUCCUCAAUGCAGAAUUCAGCUAUAUGUGAGCAAGAGAAUAGAUCGCCCACAUCGGUUUUAUCUACUGUUGGUUCAGAAGUAUUUCCCAGCAGUUGUAAAUCUCCGAUUUCCUCUGCCACGGGAUCGAGCGAGCAAGAAAAUGGAGGACAAUCACUGACCUACUCGGUGAAUGAAGAGAAUAGGUGUCCUUCAACCCCGGGGUUGACUACGGAAGUCCUACCUACCAUGGAAUCAAAUCAAAAUGACCACCCCAAUAUGGAAGAAGCAUCUUCAGAGGAGUCCCCAGCUCCGGUUUUUAAGCUCUUCGGGAAGACGGUUAUAGUCACGGACGCAAGCAAGCCUGAAUGUCCAAAGCAAUCUCGUGUUGUUGAAAUGGAAAGCCACCAAAAUCGCACAAAUAUGGAGCUUGAUGCCUCGUCUCAGCAGCUUUCGCAGAGCGUUCUGCGUGGAGCUAAUCCUGGCUCUGCUGAGGCUACUGCAUGGAAUCUGUGGCCGGGUGGAGUGCCGCCAUUUUUUUACUGUUUGCCUCUUGCUGGAGAUAAUGUUAUGGCACCAACUGGAGCACCUCUUCCAUAUUGGACCUUGUAUGGUGGUUUACCUUAUCCACUAGUUCAACCAGAGAAUGCGGCCUACAAGCAACAGGACGAUAAAGAGGCGCAGAGAGAAGGAUCUUGGACUGGCUCGAACACUGCCCCUGUUAGUGGGAGAGGAGAAGGCGAUCAAAGAGCCGAUGUUGUCGAUUCAAAAGGGGUGGAAAAUUUAUCUGAGGAACUGAUACCGGCUUCUAAAUUGAACCCAAGUGAGAACUCCGCCUUCACCCCAAUAAGUGGCAAGAAUAAGUCCUCUAGGGGAUUUGUGCCGUACAGGAGAUGCGCGGUCGAAAGCGAGUACAGGAGAUGCGCGGUCGAAAGCGAGAUGCAGCACGCGCAGAUGGCGAUUGACGAUGCAGAGGGAGAAAAGACAAGGCUGUGUUUGUAGCUAAAAUAACAGCCUGCUCUCUCUAAGUUAGAUAACAUCCUUUCUAAUUUAUAUGCAGAGAUGAUUCUUUAGCACAUAAUUGGCGAUUGAUGAACUGGUGUUGUGCAUCUCCUCUAUUGUUGUAGUGGUUUAGCUUGUUCAUGAGAAGAAGGUAGACAGAUAACUGUUGCCUUCUGGGGUCGCAGAAGAACAUCUCUGUUGCUUGUUAAUUAUCUGGCUAUUUUUCCCAGCUUUUUCUGAAGUUGGUUUUCUUUUCCACUCCACAUCCUUGAAGCAAAGGGUUGUUUGUUGUCCUAAUAGGUUAUUUGUGUCGAUUUUCUUUUGUUUAUUUUUUGGGUUCUGUAACUUGUAAACAAGAUCAAAUGAAAUCUCUCAAGCAGCAAGCUUAAAUGUGAUGAGUUAGAUGCA